ACAGGUAUAUCAAGUACAGGUGGAGUCGUACUUAAUUGCAGCAAAACUGACGGACCGAUGCUAAAGCAGAUCGAGUGGUUGCGAGCGAGCGAGCGAGAGGCCAGGGCGUGUGUCCAAGACAUCCUGCUAGUGCCAGCCGGCGAAUCGCAUUUCCGCACGCAUUUCUCAACGGGAGUUUCUGUUUGAUCCUAGCACGCUAGCUAGCCUCUUCGUGCGCGACAAGACCCGCGUAUAAAAAACAUGAUACGGUUGCAAAAUGAACCCAAAACCAUCUCCUUCAUCUAUCCAUCAUCCUCUCGUGGACGCAAGGGCAGGCAAGCCAUGGGCGAGGCAAGCUCCGACGUCCCCGCCGCGGCCGCGGCCGUGCGCGUGCUCGCCGUGGCCCGCGUCGCGCCGUCGGCAGUGGAGGAUGAGGCCGGGCGGCGCGUGAAGCUGUCCUUCUUCGACACGCCGUGGGUGGUGCUGCCGCCGAUCCAGCGUGUGUUCCUCUACGAGCUCGAGCUCGCCGCCGCCGACGGGUUCCCGGCGGUCGUCGACCGGCUGAAGCGCGCGCUGGCGGACACGCUGGCGCACUACCUGCCGCUGGCCGGGACGCUGGAGUACGUGGCGGAGACGGGGGACGCGGUUAUCGACUGCUCCGACGCCGGCGUCGCCUUCGUCGAGGCCGACGGCAUCGGCAUGGACGUGCGCGCGCUGGCAGGCGACGAGGCGCACGACGUGGCCGCGUUCCAGAGCCUCGUGCCGGAGCUCGACGUGCGCGUGCUCCCGGCGCCCGUGCUGUCCGUGCAGGCCACCCGCCUCGGCGCCGGCGUGGCCAUCGGCUUCUCCGUGCACCACGCCGUCGCCGAUGGCCGCGCCGUGUGGCGGUUCAUCGAGGCCUGGGCUUCCGCGUCCCGCGUCGGCUCUCCGGUCACCGACGACCUUGCCCCGCCGCACUACGGGCGCGAGGCCGUCCCGCACGCCCGCGGCGACGAGCUCGCCCGCGAGUUGCUCAAGAUGGUCGCGCCCAACGUCCCAGUGGUGAACACCGGGCAGUUCGACUUCAGCCAGCGGGUCCUGCGGGCACGCCGGACGUUCCACCUGUGCGCCGACGACAUCCGGUCACUGAAGCAACGCAUCGACGCUCUCGCAGCAGCCGAGACCAACUCCGGCAACAACGGAGCGCCCAAGCCGAAGCCGGUGUCAACAUUCGUUGCCCUGGCAGCUCUAGGCUGGACGGCCUUCGUCCGUUCCAAGAAUCUCGGCGCCGGGGAAGACACGUACCUGAUGUUCCUGGCCGACCUGCGGGCCCGGCUGGACCCGCCGGUCAGCGACGCCUACUUCGGCAACUGCGUGCGGGCGUGCCUGGCCACCUGCGCCGACGCGGCGGAGCUCCGCGGCGCGGCGGGCGUCCUCCGCGCGGCGCAAGCCGUGCAGCGGGCCGUGGAGGAGAUGGCGGCGGCGCCGCUGGCCGCCGCCGACCGGAGCUGGGUCCACAUGCUGAUGCGGCUGCCCUUCUCGCGCCUCGCCAACGUGGCCGCCAGCCCGCGGUUCAGGGCCUACGAGGCGUCCGAUUUCGGGUUCGGGAAGCCCGCACGCGUGGAGCUCGUGUCCAUGAACCAGGACGGCGAGAUGGUGCUCGUCGGUGGAAGGCGGGACGGCGAGGUGCAGGUGUCCGUGUCCGUCGACCCGGCGCACAUGGACGCCUUCAAGGCCUGCAUCCUCGGCUAAGCUAGCUAGCUAGCGAGAGUGCUUAAUUGAUUAAAGCCAAGAAUAAACCGGCAAAUAACUUAUGCUGAUAUUCUAUUUCUCAGACCAUCAAUCACAGAAAAAACAACUGUGUGUAAAUUACACUUCGUGGAAAACACCCUCGAUCCUGACAACAAGAACAAUCGAAUGUCCAAACGCGCAUCAGUAUCAUUAUUGGCUGUAACCAUGCAUGUACGGAGUGCACAAUAUAUGUACCUAGUGCCAAGAUAUGUUUAAGAGUCAUCGCACCAAUUCAAUUACGAUUCUGUUAAUAAC